CUAUCAAAGAUGUCACCUACGAACAAAGUGUGUGCCGUGUGUGGAGAUAAAGCAUUGGGUUAUAACUUUAAUGCGGUAACAUGUGAAAGCUGUAAGGCCUUCUUUCGCCGCAACGCCUUGGCCAAGAAACAAUUCACCUGUCCCUUUAGUCAGAAUUGCGAAAUCACUGUGGUCACUAGAAGAUUCUGUCAGAAAUGCCGUCUGAAAAAAUGUCUGGACAUUGGCAUGAAGAGCGAGAACAUAAUGUCCGAAGAAGACAAAAUGAUAAAACGACGCAAAAUAGAAACAAAUCGCGCCAAACGUAAACAGACAGAGCGUGGUCAAACAGGCGAUGCCGACGAUGAAGGCAGUACAGAGGGUCAAAGUAACAUUGCCGCAGCGGCUGCUGAUAGCAGUGGUUAUGAUGCCGGAUUGGCGGCAGCUAAUUAUGAUUCGCAGAGUUGCGGAUCAUUUGACAGCAAUACAGGCUCGGCAAAAGUAUCUGCAAAUGCCACAUCAACCUCCAGUGCAACUUCAGGUGAUAAUAUGUCCAAUAUUAACCCGGAACUUAUGACGGGCGAGGAAAUGGUGGAAUUUAUUGUUUGUGAUCCAGAUCGUGCCUCACAAGCUAUUAGUAAAUUAAUGCGUACGCCAGCUGAAGCCAUGACAACGUUGGAGAAAAUAAUCAGCUCACAGAAAGAUGCUUUGCGGUUGAUAUCACACCUUAUCAACUAUCCAGGCGAUGCUCUAAAGAUUAUUAGCAAAUUUAUGAACUCCCCAUUUAAUGCCUUAACAGUAUUCACCAAAUUCAUGAGUUCACCCACCGAUGCAUUAGAGAUAAUAUCGAAAGUUGUUAGUUCGCCGCAGGAUGUCUUGCAAUUCAUUAAAAAUCUAAUGGAUUCGCCUGAAAAUGCUGUCGACAUAAUGAACAAAUUUAUGAAUACACCAGCCGAGGCAUUGAAAAUGUUGAAUCGAAUUUUAAACAAUGGGGGUGAAGAUACGCAAGCGACAGCAACUAGUAGUAUUGAAUCGGGGUCAAAAAGCACCCCACCUCAAGAUACUACGGUGGAGCCUAAGAACGAAGAACAAAUUAACAUGACAAAUACAUUAACACCGCCUAUAACGACGAUAAUAGCCAAAACUACAUCACAAACGACCACAACAAAUAAUGCUUUAAUACAAUCCAUGCUUAACUAUCCCAGUCCAAAUGAUUUAACUUCAAACAUUUUACCACCCGUAACACCACCAUCACCCAGUACGCCCUUUUCCUUGGAUUGUAAUAACUAUGUGACACCGUCACCUUCAUCGGUCACGGAACCUUUAUGUAUGGUGGCAUCAUCAUUGGAUUAUCAAAAUCCAUCACCAGGCAUUACGAACAGUGGACCCUCAUCGAUUUUAUCCUCACACGCCGAUGAACAACCAAGCACAUCAAAUGUAGGCCUACUAUCGCCGUCAGACGUUGAUGCUGCAGCUGCUGCCGAAUUUGCCAGUGAACAUUUCGAUAUCAAAACAUUUAUACAAAAUUCAUUUCCAGAAAAUGCUACAGGUCAUUAUGCACCUGGCGAUAGUUUAAAUUCAUUAGAAUCGGUACUAACCGAAGUGAUACGUAUAGAAUUUCAAGCAUUCAAUAAUUUACCGCCUGAACCUCGUGUUAAACAAGAACAUUACCAGAACAAUAAUACAAUGAUGAGUUUCAAUAGCCCACUAUAUGAUGCGGCAGCAGCAGCAGCGGCUGCGACUACUGUUGGCUGUGGAAAAAAUAUAGCAUGUAUGCCACAACAACAACAACAGCAGCACCAACAACCGUUACAAUGUCAACAGCAACAGGUGUGCUCACCGUCUAGUGUCAAUAUGUCGAGAGAUUUAAAUGAAACGGAAAUUAUGAAAUUGCGUGAAUUGAAAUUGGCCAGUGAAGCACUUUAUUUGCCGGUCGAUGAUGAUUUAAGUGUUUUGAUGAGUGACGAAAGAAUAAAGCCAGGUGAUAGUAAUCAGGAUCCCAAGUUAUUACAAGUCAUCAAUUUAACUGCCGUUGCUAUAAAACGUCUAAUUAAAAUGGCCAAAAAGAUUGCCGCUUUUCGUGAUAUGUGUCAAGAGGAUCAGGUGGCCUUAUUAAAAGGUGGAUGCACAGAAAUGAUGAUUAUGCGAUCGGUGAUGACAUAUGACUAUGAUCGCAAUACUUGGAAGAUACCCCAUACCAAAGAAGAUAUGUCCAAUAUUAGAGCUGAAGUUCUGAAAUUGGCCAAAGGCAAUGUAUACGAAGAGCAUAUAAAAUUUAUCAGCACAUUCGAUGAGAAAUGGCGAAUGGAUGAAAAUAUCAUAUUAAUAAUGUGUGCCAUUGUAUUGUUCUCACCAACAAGGCCGCGUAUUAUUCAUUCCGAUGUCAUCAGAUUGGAACAGAAUUCCUAUUAUUAUCUUCUGCGAAGAUAUUUGGAAUCUGUUUAUCCCGGUUGCGAAGCUAAAUCAGCGUUUAUAAAACUAAUACAAAAAAUAUCAGACGUUGAACGUCUGAAUCAAUUUAUUAUUGGUGUCUAUUUAAAUGUAAAUCCAUCACAGGUUGAACCUUUAUUAAGAGAAAUAUUCGAUUUGAAAAAUCACUAA